CUCUUUUCUGCAGAAAUCAUGUCGCUUACCACCGAAUACACAACCGCUGACGGCUUCAAGCUCAACCUCAACACUGGUCUUUUCAUCAACAACGAGUUUGUUGCUGGAUCUAGCACCAUCGACACCAUCAACCCCUCCACUGGCAAGGUCAUUGCAUCUGUACAAGCUGCCGAGUCCAAGGAAGUUAAUUUAGCUGUUGAGGCUGCACACAAGGCUUUCUAUGGUGGUUGGAAAACCAGCUCCCCCAGAGAGCGCUCCCGUCUUAUGCACAAGCUUGCUGAUCUCGUCGAGCGUGAUUCUGAUGAGUUGGCUCACAUCGAAACUUUGGAUAACGGCAAACCAUUGAAUGACUCUAAGACGUUCGAUGUUCCCGGCUUGGUUUCCCAAUUGCGCUACUUUGCGGGUGUUACCGACAAGGUUCACGGCAAGGUGAUUGAGACUCAAGGCAAGCUUUCAUACACUGUUCACGAGCCUAUUGGUGUUUGUGGUGGUAUCAUCCCAUGGAACUUCCCUCUUAACAUGUUCUCAUGGAAGAUUGCUCCAGCAAUUGCCACUGCCAACACAGUUGUUAUCAAGACAUCCGAGCUGACUCCAUUGUCAGCUUUGAAGGUUGCUGCCCUCAUCAAGGAAGCUGGCUUCCCCCCUGGUGUUCUCAACGUCAUUACUGGUUAUGGUCACAUCGCCGGUGAUGCUUUGGCACGCCACGACAAGGUCGGCAAGAUCGCUUUCACUGGCUCCACAGCCAUCGGCCGUUUGAUCAUGAAGGCUGCUGCUGAGACCAACUUGAAGAAGGUUACUUUGGAAUUGGGUGGCAAGUCCCCCAAUAUCAUUUUCGAUGAUGUUCAGAACUUGGAUGAAGUUGUUUUCUGGUCAAGACUUGGAAUUUACAUGAACGCUGGACAAGUUUGCUGUGCUGGUUCGCGUAUCUUUGUUCAAGAAGGCAUAUAUGACCAAUUCAUUGAAAAGUUCAAGGCCUUGGCUUCCACUGGCAAGGUCGGUAACCCUUACGAAGCCACUACCUUCCAGGGCCCCCAGAUCUCCGAAAAGCAGUUUGAGCGUGUAAUGGGUUACAUUGAGGCUGGUAAGCAAGAGGGUGCUACCUGCCUUUUGGGUGGUAACCGUGUGGGCGACUCCGGUUACUUUAUCGAGCCCACCAUCUUUACUGAUGUCACUCCCAAGAUGAAGAUCAUGCAAGAAGAGAUCUUUGGCCCUGUUGUAGCCAUCUCCAAGUUCACGGAUGUCGAUGAUGUUAUUGAAAAGGCACACGACACCAGCUAUGGUCUUGCUGCUGCCGUUUUCACUUCCAACAUUACUCGUGCCGUCACUGUCUCGAACCGCCUGGAGGCUGGUACCGUCUGGGUCAACUGCUACAACCAAAUCUCUGAGAAUGCUCCAUUCGGUGGCUACAAGCAGAGUGGUUUCGGCCGUGAAAACUCUGUCUACGCUCUUGAGAACUAUACUCAAGUCAAGGCAAUCAAGAUCAACAUCGGCUUGCAAUAA